GUACGGUGAGUUAUUUUUUUAAAAUAUAUAGAUGAUUUUAUGAUGUAAAAAUGAAAAUGUAAUUAUAUUGCACAGGAACUAAGCUGUCAGUAAAAUUAUUUGAUAAUGUGACUGACAAUGAAUCAAAUAGAAUUUAAAAUAUGAACCAUUAAGUACCAACUCGUUGACUGACACGAAAACUUAAGUUACUGAAUUCUAUCUCGUGUAGGGUCUCAUUUAUGUACUGACUAAAGCUUAAUUUUAGGAUGAAAUACCUCUUUAGUGCCUCCUGGUUUCCAGUAGUCCCCUAAUCCUUAUUUUAGGUAGUUUAAGUACGAUAAUAUAUGCCGUAUGGUAGUCAGUUGUAAAAAAUUUGUUGUAAGUUAUGUGAGUGCAAGAAAAAUUGGUAAAAAUCCAUAACUGAGUUAGUUUAGUAACAAUACCGUGAAAUGUAGAAGCACGAUGUUUAUAUUUAGUGCUUCAAUAAUUGAACAAAUUAAGCUUUAGAGGUAUUACCAACAUCGAUGGAAGUAAAGGGAAACAGACUAAACAUAGAGGCUUGAUUAGCAUUGUUUUGAUCAUUAUGAAUGUUAAGUUUGGAAAAGUGGUUGAAUGUACUUUUUUCGAAUGCGUAAGUUAUUAAACAUUAUUCCUAUGGCUCAAGUUAUUUGGAAUACAAUAGGAAACUGAAAACGUUUUAUAAAUUGCAUACCAUUAAUCAGAUACAACAAGCCAAGUAUGUUUCGAUAUUUGGUCACUCCUUCUUCCAGACAGCCAGUUAUAAUUUUGUGAAGUUUACCCCUUUAAAGAUGGUCAAAUGAAUAUAAGAAGACUGAUAAGUUGAUCAUCAGUAAGUUAUCAUUUAUCAGUUGUCUCUGGUCACGAAACUAAUUCGUGUAACUUAGUUAUACUAGUUUGGAACUAUUAUAGACUAAACUGACACCAAACGCACUACUCAGCAUCAUAUUCAUUCUACAAGAAUAAAGCUCACUGAUUAAAUAGGAGUGUUUACAUGUAUCUUAUGAUAGCAGUUACAAAGCAAUAUUUAUAAUUUUAAGAUUAUUUUAAAUGUUCCCUAUAAUUUCAUUAUUUUGAAUAAUCUGCUGACUACGGCUGUGGAAAUCAAUGUCAAAAUUAGAAAGCAAAUAUUACUGAUCGAAAACUGAACAUUUAUAUGACGUGAAAGUAAAUAGUUCAAGAGUACAGUUGUCUGAAUUUCGUGACAAGAUCAUAAACAUGAAUAGCUAGGCAGUACUAAGACCGUAAAAAAUAUUGACAAUAAUCACUAAGAUAAGAGAUUUGUUCAUUGAGUGAUUAAUAAAAUUUAUUUGUCUGUUGUCAAUAAUGUCUUUAUAGCCAAUAAUUUAAUUAAGCUUGUAAAAUGUUAAAGUGGUUGCAUAUAUAACGACGUAAUAACAGUAAGUAAUUAUCACAUUCUCGUUAUUGAAAUAGUAAUUAAUACAACUUUAUUAUAUUGUUAAUAAUGUAGCAUCUGACUAUAUCUUGAUACAAAUACCUGAAUCUUGGCAUUCGCGUACACAAACAGUAUGUUUUUAUAUUAAGAAAUACACACGAAAUCUAAGUCAAUUUUCCUAGUGAUUAUCACUGAUCAUUUAACAUCUAACGAAUUUCUUCUCAGCGUUGUAAAAACAGGUUCUGUUACCCUAUUACAGAUUUCGAUUGGACUUUGCCAGUAUUGAGAAUCAGAUAUCUUCAUAUUAAUUACUUUUCAGCGAGCUGUAAUAAUGUUUAACUUUUAUCUGGGUUCCUUACUGUCUAACUCUUAUUAGUGAAUUUAAAAAAAUUAUUAUUUCAAGUUUUUGCUUUCAAUACGCAAACCUUAGUAAUAUUAAAAAUCAAAUUCCAUGUUUUUCUUUUCAACUAUUAUAGAUGAACACACUAACAAAACAGUACGUUAUCGGAAUAGCGGGGUAAUUACUCUAACACUCAAUGGAUUUUUUUUAUCAGUGAACUAACAGUUGUAUUUUCCAUAACCAUUACAUCGAGGGAAAACUUUAUGGAUGGUACUUGAAAAAAAUGACAAUAAAUUAGGACUCCUUACUGAAAUGGACUAUGACCAUUUUUGAUAAAAGUUUAGUGUUGUUGAUCAAGAUUUACCAGGAGCAUUUAAUGGAUUUUUAAUACGCUCCCAACUCAGUCAACAUUUAAAUCUAAUGAGCAUCAUAUUCAGUGGCUAACGGUGUAUGACAAGUCAUAAUUACAUGUUUCAAAUUUAUGCAUAAAAUUUACCAAGAGGAGGUCUGCCAACCGUACUGUGACAUUGAGUUAUUUGGAUCAGUGACCAUCAUUCAGAUAAAAUUAGGUCGACACUUAAAUUUUGACAAUAUAAGAAUGUUUUAUCACUUAUUAACUGGUUAUUACACCAAAAGCUAUGAUUUUAAAUGUUAGUGUCAACUGCUAGUUCAAAGUGUUAGGAUAGUGACAAGUAAUACUAAUCACUUUAGAAAUGAUAAAGAAAACUAGUAGACAGCUUCAUAUUUCUAGGAACAAAAACUCUUGGGUUUCAGUCCCAAAUAUUAAUAGACAUUCACUUGAUCACUGUAGAACUGACAGUCAUUAGUACCUAUUUCACGAGCCUUAAAAUGCAAAUUGUCUAAAUGUUUCCCUUUUUUAAGGGAUAGUUGUGAAAGGAAUAUAAUAAAAAUAAUAAUGAUAUUUUUAGUAAUGAUACUGAACUAUGUGUUCGAAUCUCAGGAGUAGCACCGGCUUAAUAUCCACUGUAGAAGUUUUUCACUUACAAUUUCUAAAGAACAUGACAAGUUGAGGUCACUCAACAUUUUUCUGAUUAGCGUAAUAAUCUAAACUAUGAAAUCGUAACUACUUAGUUUGUCUGUACAACUUGUACAAAUGGUUGGGCCAGUUAUAAAAUUUUACGUUGGAUUUCUAAUUACCGAUAUCUUCCCAGGAGUAGUUCGGAAAGGAUUUUAAAGUAAAUUUUACUUCUGUAUAAUUCAGUAUAUAUAUAUUUUUUAUUUGACUAUUCUAUAAUAUUGAAAUUCGAAAGCUGCAAUUCUGUUUUUACGAUUUGUAAUAUGAUAGUGGGUAAUAUCAAAUACGGAUAACUUUAAUUAGAAACUGGUUUACUCUAAUCCGUAUGAUGAAAAAAAUGCGAACCAUUUAGAUCUUAUAAAGUCUUCAUUCUGUUUUCAGUCGAUGAAUUAAAAUAAUUAUUAAUACAAAACUAUUUUAAACACCACAGUUAUUUAUAAAUUUCUUAACAUUUUGUAUGUAAUGAAAAGCAGGAUGAUUUUUUCCUUCUUAAAAUACUUUGUUUGUUAGGGCAUCGAAUUCUGGAAAAACAACGAUGACUGGAAAACUUACUGAAUAUCUACAAUCUAUUGGCUACAAUGUUACAUGUUUACAAAUGGAUGAUUAUUACUGGCCUCAUAACGAUAAACGUCAUAUACGAGACCCUAUUACAAAUGAACCAAAUUUCGACUGUGAAUCAGCAAUUAACUGGGAAGGCAUAAUUACUUUUAUUAAAUUAUGGUCUGAAGCAAAGGUGUUGGAAGAAAAAAUCAGAAUACUUUUAAUUGAAGGAAUACUGAUAAUGAAUAAAAUAGAACUUCGGAAUUUGAUGGAUUUGCGAAUAUUUCUGAAGGUAACUUAUGAAAAUAUGUUGCAGAGACGAAAGCUAAGAAAAUAUAAUACACCUGACCCACCAAAUUAUUUUGCUAAAUAUGUUUGGCCAACAUAUCUAAGAACGCUAGACAUUUUGGAGUAUUCAAAAGACUCUAUAUAUUAUUUUGAUAGCAAUAAUGGAGUUGAGACCCUAUUUAAAGAGAUUUGUCAAUGUAUCAAUGAAAAAAUAGAUCUAGCGAACGAAAAAGACAAACAUUUCGAUGAAUUCCCAGAAUAA